UCUUGUCCUUUGACACGUUGACGCGGAAACAGCGGAAGCGCCUUUAUACGAAGCGUCGACAUGCCGCCGCCGCCGCAAACUUGUCGCUGUCAGUUGUAGAGAGCUGUUUAUAUGAAGCACCCCUGGUGUGUUGGACUGAACGGACUCCUAGGCCGGUGCUCUUGCGGACACAGCUCGUCAAGCUCGACAACCGACAACCGGACUGAAAUAAGCUGACGACCUCCCUUUAGCGACACUCAGCAGCUAGGCUGCAGCGUCAGUGAUGGACAAAGAUUCGGCAGUUCUUCAGGGGGCCUUCCUCCUUGCUAACAAGCUGUGCCAGCCCUCGUCCCUGUCCUCCCUUCAGAAAACUGACUGGAGCAGGGUGGGACGUCCGGUCGUGGAGGCGGUCAGAGAGAUCUGUGGACGGGAUGAACUCGGCGGUCAUCCCAACACAUCGGCUCGCUGCUGGAAAGAGAAGAUAGUUUGUGUCGUGUGGCUGAAGCUGAUGUGUGGAGAGGCGGAAGAGGACGUAGAGACGGCGUGGAGGGAGAACCCUUUCUUCCCUCUCCAGAAUGGCCUCCCUGAGGUCAACCACGUUGUGCUGCUGGAGCUGGUGAAGUCGGUGGUGGCCGCGGAUGUUUUUGCCCAUCUCCUUCUGUCUCUUCCUGAAUCUCAGCUCUGCAUUGAGCUUGAGAGGCUGACCCAAUAUGUGAAAAGCAGCCCUACUAGAGAGGAUGAUGUGCGACUCUUUCUGGAGGUGUGGUGGGAACUGUGGAAGGGCAGAAAUGAACAGAGAGCAGGAGGAGAAGAAAGCAUGGAGGCAGUGUUUGCCAAGCAGUUUGCUCGUCUGUCUAAGUCCUCCAGUCUGCCCCGUCAGGCUGCCAAGAGGUUAAAGCUGGACCCAUCAGAUCAGCCAGCAUCAUCGCCAACCACUGAUAUUCUGCACAUUCUCCUGCACGCUCUGAAAGACAUGAAAGAUCACGUCUCCUCCUCUGACCUUUGUCUCCAAGCUCUCUCUGUUCCCCUCGACUCUCUUUACACAGCCCUGCUGAUAGACCAAGAGGUCGUACUUCCGACUGAAGAGAAGAUGCACCUUUUGUCCAAAGCCGUCAGCACCAGGGAAAAGAACGUCGAGAAACUGAGCCCCGAACUGAUUCGGGAGGCUCAGAGAGACUUGCGCGCCGCUCACAUGCCGUCUCAGUUUCGACCCACCAGGAUGAAGCUUGGAGAAGCCUUGACGAUAAUAACAGACCUCGCACAGUUUUGGCUUGACAGUGGCAUCCUGAAGGCGGAUGACAGCACUGAUAUUACUUAUGCUGCAUUUAAAUUUGAGCAAAGUGUCCAGAGAGUCCUGACGGCUCCAGAUGAAGUGGGCUUGCCUCAGAAGAAUAUACUCAGGGGUCUGUUGAAGUCACUGGCUUUCCCCGCCGUACAGACGACCCCCGAGGCGAAUGCAAAGGUCACCAUGAUCGUCAUAAAUCACCGCCUGGAGGACUAUCAGAAGUUUGCUGUGCUGUUUGCCGGUGAGAAGAGCUGGGCCUCCUGUAAUGAGCGGUGGCUGGACUGCCUGGAGAAGAACCAAGCAGCCUUCCAGCAGCACGACGCGCUGGUCCGCCUCGCCUCGGCCCUCAUGAGUGAACUCCACAGCGAGGCCUCCGAUGUCGGCCAGUGCAGGAAGCUGAUGAAAGUCACGGCGGACAUUUUCUCAGCACUUUCGUUAGAUGACAAGAACAAAUCGCUGGCAGCCAUGUUGAGGUUGUCCACCAGAGGGUUUUUCGGGGAUUGCGUUCCCUCCGCUGUGACCGACGGGUUUGAGCAGGAGGUCAACAUGGCGUUCAACUGCAUCAUCCAAGGAGGGAGCGGAGCGUCGGCGGCAGUGUCACAGGGCAAUCUGAACACAGCAGUCUCCCUGGUAGCGAGAGUGGCCUUUCAGAACCCAGAGGCCGCUCUGAGGUCUUGUUGUCAUUCUGCUGUUUUCAACAAGGGGGCUUUCUCUCUCAUGGCUAAGAUCCUUCAGCAGCUGCCCGGCCUAAGAGGACAGACGGGAAGAAGAGAUCCGGCUGAAUGCGAAGAGAAAGAAAGUGUGCAAAACGCAGACGGAGGAAAGGAUGCUCUGUGUGGUGGCAGUCUACUCUGCCAGUGUCUGCAGGAGACGAUCAAGACCAAAUCACUGUUGGCCAGUGAAAAAGAUCAGCUCCUCAGGUUCCUUCGCCUGCUGAUGACGCCAGUCACGGCAGUAGAGGGAGACGUGAGGCAGCCGUGCUUUCUGCCGCCGCAGGAGGUCGUGAACGUCUUCGUGCUGCCGAACCUCUCCACUCCGGGUCACAGUGGUGUUGACACAGAACUGAGUCUGCAGCUGCUCCACACUGCUCUGUGUGUGGACGUCCAGCCCCCAGCCUCUUCUCCCCACUGGGUGCUGGACUGUUCUCCCUUUCCCCUGCUCUAUGUCCUCGCCCAGCUGCACAACCAGGCUCUCAGGUUUUGGGAACAGCCACCAGGGGGCGCCGUCCGCCACUGGUCCAUGGACACUAAGGAGCUGCAGGAGUCGGUGCUGACCACACUGGCGCAGGUGGUCGGUGCGGAGGUGGCAGCGAGCCCCAGCACCUGGUCCAGAGCUCUCUUCUGGCUCUACAACAAGAUGGAGCGACUGGACUGGACAGUCAGGUUCCUCCUGAAGCCCGUGUGGGGGGAACACUUUAAAAACGAGGUUCCCUCGUCUCUGCUGGCCGUGUGCGAUUUACCGGAACAGGAGUGGUCAGGUUUGGACCUGCCUCAGUACGGCCAGGGCAGCGGCCUUUUGGCCUGGAUGGAGUGCUGCUCCAUAUCGGACUCCCUGCGGUCCACAAUGCUGUCCUGUCUCUCCCUGGACCAGCGGCGCACCGACCACAUCAGCAUGUUCAGCAAGGGCCUGCUGGUGGCACUGACCCAGACUCUGCCCUGGUGCACCGUCUCUCAGUGGUCCCGGCUGCUGGGGACCCUGCGGGAGCUGGUCUCCUCGGGCCGCCUCCACGUCCCCUUCUCGCUUGAGUACGUGGACUAUCUGCCCCUCCUGGAUCUGAGGAGGUUCUCGUGCGAGCUCCGCCUGUCGGUCCUCCUGCUCCGAGUCCUCCAGCUGCUCUGCGGGUCCAGCUGCUCGCACUGGCUGCCGGUGGACGGCUGGGCACACGUGGGAAGGUUGUACGCCCUGGCGGUGCGGGAGACGAUGAACUCGGUCAGAGCCAAGCUGCCUCUCCCGUCGUCUGGUGCCCGGACGGUCUCUGCAUCAGUGCCUUCGAAAACACCUGUAGACAGAGACUCUAAUCCUCCCUGCGCUUCAGUCAAAGUUACCAACACGACCGCGGACUCUCUUGAAGAAGCAGAUGGCCCAAAAGAGUCGCGCAUGGAAGAGGAGGUAGAGGCAGGUCCCAGCCAGGAGGUCCUGUUUGUCCUCAGCCAGCUCUUCUGCCAUGUUCAGCACAUCCAGGUGAUGAUGCCGGGAGGCCAGAGUGAACCGUUGUUCCUGUGUGGUCUGGAGAUCCUCAGCCACUACGAGUCCGUCAUGGCCGCCUUCCCCGACAGCAGCAGCCCGCUGGAGAGCGACAACACCCGGCACUUCUUCACCACCAUCACAGACAACCUGGAGAGCCAGGAGAUGAAGGUGGUCCUGCGGCAGAAGAUAGCCCAGCUCGUGUCGUCGGGCGGUCACUGAAUGUUGUUGUUUUCAUUCGUAUUGUUGGAGUCGUCACUGUAAUGAGAUAAUGGAGCUAUUGCAAAGUGAUGUUUGUUCUGUGUGAAUAAAAACCAAAAUCCCACAUCCAA